UGAUAUAUGUGUGUAUGUAUUUAUACACAGAUAUAUAUAUAUAUAUUAUCAUUAAGAAAAAGAAAUGUUGUAAUGAAGUGAAAAUACCUUUUUAAGUCUCGACACAAACUCUCAAGAAACUGCAAAAAUCCUCAAAAAAAAAAAAAAAGGAAAAAAGGUCCCUAAAUCCCGGAAAUUCAAUUGAACACCACCACCACAGCCCACAAAGAUCAUCAUCAUCAGCAGCAGCAGCAUCAAUCAUCAUACAUACAUACAGAAAACAAAAGCAUCAGAAACAGUAACCUUAAUAACAGCUGAAAAGAAGAAAACAAGAUCCACCUCGAUCACCCCUCCCUCUCAUAACACCAUCUUCUCCCUCUUGUUCCUCUCCGCACCUCUCUCUCUCUCUCUCUAAAUUCGUUUAUCUUUUCUUGAUUGGGGAGAGAGAAUGAAGUUUGAAGGUGAAACGUAAAACCCCAUCUCAAGAAUUAUUUCAUCAGUCCUAGAAAAUCAUUUCUUUCUCUUUUUUAUCUGUCUCUGUCUCGGACACACUCAAAGGAAGCUUUUUUAUGUUCUUCCCCACUCGCUCGGGUAUAAUUUUCGUUGUUUUCUGUGCAAAAAGAUCUUGAAACGCUGAAAAAGAAGAGAAUUUUUGCUUUUUCUCCCCCAAGUAAAAGAAGUUGCUGGCAGCAGAAUAUCCGAGGGAGGCGGAAAAGAGAAGGAAGAAAAUGAGGGAAGAGGAUUCCAAUUGGUUUUCCAAAUGGGAGGAUGAAUUGCCGCCGCCGGAGGAGCUGAUGCCCUUAUCCCAAUCCCUAAUAACUCCUGAUCUAGCUUUAGCUUUCAAUAUCCCAAGCGCCCACCACCAAACGCCGCCGCCGCCGCCGUCACAUCCGCCGCAGUCCACAGCCCUCUCUUCCCAACCCAACUCCUCCGCAGAAUUCGACUCGCCGGAGCUGAGUGGCGCCGGUGGAGGAGGUGGCGGAGGCAGUGGUGCCGCUGGGUCGGACGAGCCUGCGCGGACGCUCAAGCGUCCCCGCCUUGUGUGGACGCCGCAGCUCCACAAGAGGUUUGUGGACGCAGUAGCCCAUUUAGGGAUCAAGAAUGCUGUUCCGAAGACGAUAAUGCAGCUAAUGAGCGUGGAUGGGCUUACUAGAGAGAAUGUUGCUAGCCAUUUGCAAAAAUACCGGCUUUAUUUGAAGCGAAUGCAGGGUAUUUCGAAUAACGGCGGCGCCGGCAACAAUAGCCCGGCGGCGUUGUCUGCUUCCGGUAUGGACCCCGCCACAGACCAUUUGUUCGCCACUUCACCUGUGCCAGCCCAUUUUCUGCAUCCGGGCCGGCCAAAUUCGGAGCAUUUCUUGCCAUUUGUGCCCGUGGCUGCAAUGCAGCAUCACCACCAGAUGCCGGUGGUGGGGCCGGGGCAGCACCACCACCAGCAGCUGCAGCAGCAGUUUAGGCAUUUUGGGAGCUCCCCUCCAAAUGGGCAGUUUGAAAAUCCCUUUAUGAGGCAGUCACAGCCACAGGUCCAGAGGAUUGGGACACCGGUGCAUAGUAGUAAUGGCUCUGGGGUUCCGCCUGCGUUUGGCGAAGAUUUGGAAUCGGCUACUGCCACCAACGGAAGAAAAGUUCUCACCCUUUUUCCAACAGGGGAUGAUUGAGUAUCCGUCAAUUCUCGGCCUUCAGUUUGGCUUCCUGCCAUUGUGAAAAUCCAGUCUUUGUGGUAACAAUUUAGUGUCUUGUCAAUUUAGUAUUUUCUAAGCUGUUCUUGAUGCUGUAGAUUAAGUUAUCAGCAUUUGGACGUUGUUACAUGAUUCACUAUUUUAACUGUUUUGCUCGUCAUGUGUUACUUAGUUUGUCUUUAACAGUUAGUCAGUACAUAGGUUGAGUCGUAUUGUCCGUAGAUCCAGCUCCAUGAAUUUUUAGUCCAUAAGUGUAAUUAAGUUGUCAGUAGCAUUUUGCUGGCUACCUCAGCUUCUGGCGGCAGAUUUAGAUCUGUCUAGCAUUAAUUUCUAUGCUGUCCCAGCUAGUGACGGAAAUUAACCAUGAUGUCACUUAGAGAGGCAACGACGUCUGUAGAUGUCCCCGAAAAAAACAACGGCUCAAGUAUGAGAAGCUGUUGGUUUCUCCCUUUGAAUCUGCAUUGAAUCGUUGUCUGAGUUGAUGCCUGAAGGCUCGAAGCGACCAAUAAGUUAAUAAUGCUCGGAGAUAGUGGACUGCCAGCACAAAUAUGGUACUGGAUUUUUCUUGUUGAUUUUAAUGUAGUUCUCUUGUUUCUCGAUUAGUAUCAUGUAGAGUUGGGUCAUUGUUGUAAAUGGUGUGAUUUCUUAGCGGACAUUCAGAGCUUUAUAUUCGGACAUCUCUUAGAGAAACAAUAACAAUCCUAAUGUUGUCUGAUUCAUUUCCGGUGUCUUAUGAAUCUGUACAAAGUAUAGCUGCAUCUCCAUGAAUGUCUCAAGCUCUAGCAAAAUCAUAGUAUCAUUUGAAUGUUUCUCUACUGAUAAUUGUUAAAAUGUCCGUUAGCAUA